UCCGCCAAUAUGGCUUCCAAACCGAAGAAAGCUGUGUCAAAAGACGAUCUAAGGCGUCUUAUGAAGGAAAAACUAUCUUUUACGAAGGACUCAAAAAUUAGUCAUCCUUUAGCUAAGUAUAACACUUUAGAACAGCUUGUGUGUAUUCUUUGUAAUACAGUUAUAAAGUCAAAUAUUCUGUGGAAUGCCCAUAUUCAAGGGAGACAACAUAAAGAGAGAUUGGCAUCAAAAUCGCAGCCUGGACCUGCAAGACCCCCUGAUCCCGGAAUCAAAAGAAAAUCUGACUGCCCAGUAACCCCAGUACCACAUAAAAAGCAGAAAGAAAAUGGAAAUUCGAAGAAAACAGGCAUCUUACCUACAGACUUUUUUGACAAUUCCCCAGAAAACAUAGAUAGCCAGAAGAACAGUCUUUUACUGGCAUCUUAUUCCUCAGAUGAAGAAGAGGGUUCCAGUUACCCACCAACAACCUCCUCCAUUAAAUCAGUUCAGUUAUCACAUCCAGCUUUACCUGCAGAUUUCUUUGACCCAGGAGUGAAAAAAGAGGAGGCUGAAGAAGAGGAAAAACCCAGAACCAUGGCAGAUAUUCUGCCAGAAGGAUUCUUUGAUAAUCCCAAGGCAGAUGCAAAGGUACGGCAAGUGGAAUACAAAGAUAAAAUGGAUGAAGAAUGGGAAAUGUUCCAGAGAGCCAUGAAGGAGGAAAAUCAUGUUUCUGAAGCCAUUAUAGAAGAAGAUGACGAGAUUGUGAAUGUUGAAAGAAAUAUUGAUGAAAUUGAUGAUCAGAUAAAUCGUUGGAAAGAAAUAAAUGACCUUGAGAUAAAGAAGGACACAAUCAUGCAGAAGAAAGUAUUCAAUGACAGAUUCAGAACAGAGGAUGAUGAAGAAGUUCAGGAGGAAGAUUUAGAGGAUUUUUUGGACUGGAGAACAAAAACUCUAAAAUGAUUAAGGGUUACAGUUAAAAUGAAAUGCCUUAAUUUGCAAACACAAGAUUACUAAAAAUCAGUAAAAAGAGCAUUUGAAGGAUUUUUCCAGUUUAAGAUACCAUUUGAAUGAGGAGAAGCAAAACUCUGAAGAAUUUCUUGUUUAAAUAAAUGUCUUACAAGUAUCCCAACAGAAGCUUUAUCAGUAUUUUUAGCAAAGAGAGUCUAAGGAAAUAUGGAUCACAAGAUUUAUCUAACAAUAUUUCACUAGAAUUAAUGAUUUUGAACAAGAUAU